UAUAAAGAAAAGACCUCAAAGAAAGGGAGGUCAAUCAGACCCUGCAUCUCAGGCUCCAACAUCCAACUUUGUUCAUUCUUAAAACUCUUCGAGUUCUCACCAUCCCAUGUCGAAUUUUGGUAUUCAAGGCCAACUUCUUGAGGUCACUGUUGUUGGGUGCAACAAGUUGAAAGACACCGAGUGGAUUUCACGGCAAGACCCGUACGUGUGCCUAGAAUAUGGUAGUACCAAGUUCCGCACCAGAACUUGUACUGAUGGACAUAAGACUCCGGUAUUUCAAGAGAAGUUUGUGUUUUCGUUAAUUGAAGGCCUUAGAGAGAUAAAUGUUGCAGUUUGGAACAGCAAUACCCUUACAGUAGACGAUUUCAUCGGUAGUGGAAAGGUUCAAUUGGUGAAGGUUCUUUCGCAGGGUUUUGACGACACCACUUGGCCUCUGCAGACUAAAACUGGGAGACACGCAGGAGAAGUGCGACUAAUAAUGCAUUAUUCUAAUGCCACUAAACCUGCAUCAAGCUGUGCUCCGUCAGCACCACCAUAUGGAAUGCCGCCUGUACCCCAAGCUCCUGUAUACCCAACCAAUUCAGCCUACCCAACCUCAUCUCCCUACCCAAACAAUUCAGCCUACCCUACCUCAUCUCCCUACCCAACCAAUUCAGCCUAUCCAACCUCAUCUCCCUACCCGACCAAUUCAGCCUACCCAACCUCAUCUCCCUAUUCUUCAUAUCCACCUAAUUCAGCAGGUUAUCCACCAUCCCUAUACUCGGCACCACCGCCAUCUACCUAUCCUCCCCCACCAUACCCACCAACAUCAGCUUAUCCUCCACCUCCAUAUCCACCACCUCCACAAGCUUCACCAUAUUAUCCUCCAGGUCCUUAUUCUGGAGCAUAUCCUCCACCACCAUACUAAGAAUGGCUUGACUGCUUGCAUUUGGAAUUGAAAGGAGUGAAGCGUGAACAUAUUUAGUUUAUGCUGGUUGCGGGUGUUUGUGUACUAAGGUCAUUUUUUUGUAGUUAACAAGAAUUUUAAAUGUUUCAUAAGAUUUUAAUGAAAAAAUCUCCUUCUCUGUUCCUUUUU